AUGGCCAAGGGUCGAAAGGGAUUGAUCCCGCAUACGGAUGGCCUCGAUGUGCACGUCUUCAAUAAAUGCGCGACGUGCAUGGGUCAUGUAAAGAACGUCCUCUGCGACCACUACUGCCGAGAACCCCACAUUGCGCAACUCCGGUACUGCAAGGGCUGCAGGACGAAAGCAUAUUGCUCGUACGAAUGUCAGAAGAAGAACUGGGGAAUCCAUAGAGACAACUGCAUGGGGCACGUCAGCAGGAUUUCCGACCCCGAUUUCAGGCCGUACAAAAGGUUCGUCACCGACUUCAAGAGCUUCUGCAACCGCGGUGGUCUGCACUUUGUCCGCGCCGCGAUUAGCCUGCUCAGGCUGGACAAGGAGUACGCGGACUGCGAAAUUCUGGCUAAGAAAGCGCUCAUUGUUGAGGUCAAGCUCAUAUCCGUGGUGAAGGAUUCUCAGCGGACGUAUAUCCGGCGGCUCGACACGGUCAAGGGUGUCCCGCGCGAGCAGCUUAGGGAACUCGCGACCGGCCGAGAGAAGAACGAGCCGGUCGUACUCUAUAUCAUACUCAGAGAGAAUGGGGGCCGCCUCCCACCCCCGUACAACAGCAUCGUGAUGAGCUUCCACAUCACGGAAUGGAGAGAUCGCAAGUAUGAUAAAGAUUGGAAGAGAACGCUCAUGUUUGCGAUCGCAAAAUUGAACGAGCCUCCUUCCGCAGCAGAGAAAGUGAAGAAUGAGCGGGACGGUCCUCAAUAA